AACCGUAGCCGGUUAUCCAUGAACAUCACGUCCGUUGAGCAUGAGUGCAAUAAACUGCUACAUGAUAGUCCAUUUGAAUAUGUAUAUAAGAUAAAGCCGGCUAUCAAAGUCUACCCACACAAGAUCAGUUCGGCGGCAGAGAUGGUAGUCGCGAAGAAAUGGAUUUACGCCCGCGCCUUUACCGGUUUACCAACCAGGGAAAAUUUUCGUUUAGAAGAGGAAACUCUCCCCGAUAUCAAAGAUAAUGAAUUCCUCGCCGAAGCCAUCUUCGCCAGCGUCGACCCCUACAUCCGUGUCUACAUGGCACGGUACCCGAUCGGUUCGGUAAUGGUCGGCGGUCAGGUUGCCAAAGUGUUGCAAAGCCGACACCCAAGCUUCCCGGUGGGAAGUUACAUCCACGGAAAUUUUGGCUGGCGUACGCACACCGUAUGCCAGCCGGACCACAGCGAACCGGACUGGGAACCGUACGUGUUGCCAGAUUUUGGCAAUGAACCACUUUCGCUUGGCCUCGGGGUGCUGGGAAUGCCUGGAAUUACGGCGUACUUUGGAUUUCUGGAGAUUUGUAAACCGGUGGCCGGAGAAACGGUGGUAGUUAGUGGAGCUGCUGGGGCUGUGGGAAGUCUUGUUGGUCAAAUUGCUAAAAUUAAGGGAUGUGAAGUGGUGGGGAUCGCCGGAUCCGACGAAAAGUGCGAGUGGCUUAAGGGACUCGGGUGCGAUCACGUGAUCAACUACAAGACCAGCGAUAUUGAGGUCGAACUGAGGAAGGCUGCCCCGAGGGGAGUGGAUUGCUAUUUCGAUAACGUGGGAGGACACAUCACGGAGAUCGUUCGCGAGCAGAUGAAUGUCUUUGGGAGGAUUUCCGUCUGUGGUUCGAUUUCUAGUUACAACGGGGAAAAGGCGAAGGUUGCCGACCCUCAGCCGGACUUCCUGUGGAAGCAGCUGAGCCAGGUAGGUUUCAUAAAUUGGCGCUGGAAUAACCGUCGGCUGGAGGCGAUUCAGCAGAAUCUGAAGUGGAUUCAGGAGGGACGGUUGAUUUAUAGGGAAACGGUUACCGAAGGGUUCGAUAAUUUGCCAGCAGCGUUCAUUGGAAUGUUGUCCGGGGCGAACACGGGUAAGGCCGUUGUAAAGAUUUGACAUAUAAAAACAAAUUCUAAUGUUAUGCUAACGAAUAAAAGAUGAUUAAAAAUCGAAUAAUCCACCUAACUGCAUUUUUGAG